AAACACCUGCAAGCAUUGCCUGCUAAUCACUACAAAUGUUUGAAAAAAUGUGCAAAUGAAAGCAUUUAUCGUUGGAAACGCUAUACACAAAACAAUAAACAAACUAAAAUACAGCAUACGUACGUGUUCGUAAAUUCAUCUUUCACACCUGUUUUAUCUUCUGCUUCUGAAGUACAGAAACAUAAGAAAGAAAAAUGGCUGAUAAAAACGGCAUAAAUGCACAAAAUGAAAAGAAAAGCAACGAACAAAUACAGGUGAUAGUAAACCGACUAAAUUCACCGAGAAAGGUGUACAAACCAAAACAUCCAGAUCGAAAAACGAAGAUGGCAAAAUGUUCAAUGUCUGAAGCAGACAUUCAGGCAAUGGUCGAUAGAUUACAUAAUUCAAAACCUCGUCACAGACAAAGAUCUGCGUACGAGCAAGGUGGUGUAAUGUUGUCAUACGAUGUCACUGGUUGGAAAAAGCCCGGAGAUGGUGGGAAAAAAUACGAUUUCUAAGGACUCUUUUUACAAAACACGUCAAGGUGCACAUAUCGUCUAAAUUUUAGUUAUUUAAAUACUUAGAAUACAGACAAUGUAAAUUGAAACUCGUAACAGUCUUUGUAAAAUCAAUGGUGUUUUGCACACGGAGUCAAACGAAGGAAAAAUACAAAUAUGUAUUGUAAAACUAAACCAUUCAAACAACAAGCGCACAAUUGAA